AUGACAAUCAGAAGGGCAACGCAUGCAGGCAGCUGGUAUUCAUCCAGCAAACAAGCACUAAAAGGACAGAUAAGCUCUUUUCUUUCAGAGUCUAAGCAGGCAAAAGUUCCAGGGGCAAGAGUGUUGGUUGGCCCACAUGCCGGUUAUGCAUAUGCAGGACCUAUCCUUGGCAAGGCAUACUCAGCAUUAGAUACCGACAAUAUCCAACGAGUAUUCAUUUUUGGACCUUCACAUCAUGUUUAUUACAAGGGCUGUGUUUUAACUACAUCUGCUGACUAUUAUGAUACGCCGUUUGGAAAACUGGAGGUUGAUAAUGAAGUUAUAAAUGAAUUGAUUGAUUCCGACUCCCAUAUAUUUAAAAAAAUGAAUUUAGAUGUCGAUGAGGAUGAGCAUUCUUUGGAAAUGCAUAUGCCGUUCUUGUACUCUGUUACAAACAAUGUUGGUAAAAAGGUGAAGAUUGUUCCAAUUAUGAUAAGUGCAAGUGAUGAAACUUUUGAGAAAAAGUUAACUAAAUAUUUGAAACCGUAUUUUAACGAUAAAUCGAAUGCCUUUAUUGUUAGUACGGAUUUUUGCCAUUGGGGUAUUCGGUUUUCUUAUAUAUCAUAUACUCCAACUGGUGAUUUAAAAGAUUUAGUGGAAAAACCAAGCUCGAAACUACAAAUCCCAAUUUACGAAAGUAUCAAAUGUUUAGAUACUGCAGCAAUGACAAUAAUGUCAACUGGUUCUUACAGGUCCUUUAAAGAUUAUAUGAUGCUUACAGAGAAUACUAUAUGUGGUGCCAAGCCUUUGGCUUUGUUGAUGUUACUCAUGGAGGAUUUCAUCUCCAACAGAGAAGAAAACACAAUUAAGUUUAAUGGAUAUGCCCAAAGCUCAAAAGUAGUUUCUCUAAGGGACAGCAGCGUGAGUUAUGGCAGUGGAUACGCAGUUAUCUAA